CUUCGGAUCAUCACGCUCAAGGCGGUUUACUUUCUUCGCCCCAAAUCGAUUCUGUGAUGGCCGACGAAGACUUCCAGUCUCGCGUCGAGAGGAUCUUCGGAUCUCUCGCCUUCUCUCGCUCCACGUUGUCUUCUUCUACUACGUCUUCUACGCCGCCGCUACAAACGAAAUCGGGCUCGGUGUGGUCUCUCUCCGGCACAGAAGUGGAGAAGCGGGAGUGGAAGCGAGAUUCGUAUGAUAGGGAAGAGACGCCUUGUGCGUCGUCCUUCGACGAGAUUCUGAGACAGCAGAGGGUCUCUAGCUCUGCUGCUGGGAAGGAGGGAGAGGAAGGUGGUAACGAGGAUUUUGAUGAUGAUGAUGAUUGGAGCAUCAGAGCAUCCAUGGGCCUUGACCCUACUCUUGAUGAUGAGGAAGAAGAAGAUGAGUUUGAUAAAGUCGCACUAGGUAAAGAGGAUGGUGGUGAAGGCUUGUCUGCCGUUUCCAAACCGCGUGGUGUGCGGAUUCGUGACCCUCGUGCUAACCAUGUUGCUGCUAAAAUUAGGCUCAGGGAAGAUGAACUCGAGGCUAACAACAAGUUUAGCCCUUCUGAUGGCGAUAUCCCCUCAAAGAGUAGAGUGCCAGCACCACACGCAGAAGAAUCAUCUAAAUCCGUGCAACCAAAACCUAUUCUCAAAAGGAAGGAGAGUUGUUCAGAUUCAGAAGCGAAAACAAGUAAGCGAGUCAGGUUUGAUGUUGUAUCUGAAGAAACAUCAAAGAAGCCUGAAGAUAAUUGCUCAGUUUCUGCCUCCUUAAAAAACGUAUUGCCUCAGGGUAGAAGUGGUGCUCAGGUACCGGAUUACUUGAUUAAUCCUUCCAAAUACACCUGUUACAGCUUUGACCCAUCUUCGGAAUCGAAUGACAAGUCCCACACACAAGACGAGUACACGGACAUUCCCAAGGAUGCGGAAGGAUUAGAAAGUUCUGAGUCAGAAUCCUUCAAGAAAGUCUCGUUUGUUCCACAGAAGAAGACCAAGGACGUAAGAGAAGAAGGCGGUAGCAACUGUAGUGAGACGAAGCCUGUUGCAGCUGGUCAGGUGUCAAAAGACGAUAUACCAAGUGAAACAGAAGAUGGUGAUACUGAAAUAGGACAGUCAGAGAACUGCAACAGUUUACAGAGGAGCGGUCGUCAAUAUCGUGCCAAGCAAAGUGUAGAUGAAACAGAUGUCUAAUCUUUCGGUUUGGUUUGGGUUGGAGUCUUCUAGCAGACUAUGUAAGAAAAAAUCUCAAAUCCGUUUACCUUUGGGACUGGCUAUUAUGCUACCUUUCUUUCUAAAAAAAAAGUCAUUUUCUUA